UCCCAGCGGCCAUGAAGCGGAGGCUGCGCUAGGGUCAGCGGGGCACAAAGCCACUGCUGGGGGGACGCGCCUUGACCCCGGGCUGCUGUGCCUGCUGCGGGCAGCCCGUCCCUGCCAGCCUGUGCAGACCUGCAGGCGGCAUCGGCAGCGCUGCCGGGCCACAAACACACCCAGGAGGGUGUGAGCAGGCAGAGCAGGGCUCCGCUGCGCAGGGACGCCCAGCCCCAGCACUCACCUGGUCUGCCAGAGUCCCGGCUGCAGGAACCCAACAUCUGCAGGGAGCAGCAGGACACCUGACCUGUGACCUCAGACAGCCCAGUGCUAUGGCAGACCCUGCUGGCUGCUGCCGCCCCUGUGCCACCUGCCUGCUCUGCCUCUACAGCUGCCAGUGGAUUACUGCCAAGAAGGAGAAGAGGAAGGGCCUGAGAACCACCAAGUGUGACUGCAGCUGGUUCCUCUUCCUCUUCUUCGUCUUCCUCUUCACACUCGUGUGGCUCUACUUCGCCAUCAUCAUCCUUAAUGAUUUCCACAACUUCAAUGAGUUCAUCUUCAAGCAAAGGAAGCUGUGGCUGGACUGGUCCCUGGUCCUGCUCAUAGCUACAGCCAUGCUGAUCACCUAUUCGGCUGUGUUGCUGGUCCUUGCUUUGUGCUUGCAGCUCUGCGGCCAGCCCUUGAAGCUACACUGGCUGCAUAAGACCCUGCUGAUCUUAACUGCCCUGGUGGUGGCUGCAGCCUUCACAGGGCUGGGAAUAAAGUGGGCGGAAGAGUGGAAAAGUGCACACAUCUCGCUGCAGGCAACAGGUCCCUUCCUGCACAUUGGAAUCGUGUGGGGAAUGACGCUCCUUGCCUGGCCGCUGGCCAGCUUCAUCUACCGCACCCGCAACAGAGGUCUCAAGGUGUUCCUGCUGCUUGUGUACUGUGUGGUGAUGAUUGGGCUGUAUCUGGCUCCCCUGGCAAUCACCUCCCCUUGCAUCAUGGAGGAGAACCAGCUGCCCCCCAAGCCAGCCCUGGUUGGCCACCGCGGAGCCCCCAUGCUGGCCCCUGAAAACACCCUCAUGUCACUGCACAAGGCCGUGGACUGUGAUGUGCAAGUCUUUGAGACAGACGUCAUGGUGAGUGCUGAUGGGGUCCCAUUCCUCAUGCAUGAUGAGGAACUCACCAGAACCACCAAUGUGCAGGCUGUGUUCCCUGAGAGGGCUGCCCUGAACAGCACCGCCUUCAACUGGACAGACCUCCAGCAGUUGGAUGCUGGCAGCUGGUUCCUGGAGCGGAGGCCAUUUCCCACUGUGCUGAGUCUUUCUGAUGGUGAUCGCUAUCAGGCAACCAAACAGAGGAUCCCAUCCCUAGAACAGGUGCUAGAGGCAGCCAAGCAGAGCAAUAUCUCCAUCAUGUUUGACCUCCGGCCUGAGAACCACAGUGACUACCAGAGCUUUGUCAAUGCCACCCUGGAAGUGAUCUUACAGUCAGGCAUCCCACUACAGCAGGUCCUCUGGCUGCCAGAUGGGUUCAGGGAACAGGUCAAACAGCAAGUCCCAGGUGUUCAGCAAGUUUAUGGCCGGAAGAGACUCCAGAAUGAGACAGAACCACUGCUGCGUGUUAAUCUGCCCUACCAGGACAUGAGCUCUGAGGAGAUCAGGCAGUACCGCCAGGACAACAUCUCUGUCAACUUGUAUGUGGUGAACCAGCCCUGGCUCUUCUCUGUGCUGUGGUGCUCUGGGGUAAGCUCUGUCACCACCAACGCCUGCCAGGUGCUGAAGGAGAUGAAACACCCCAUCUGGCUGCUCCCAAGCAGCACGUACCUCAUGAUCUGGAUUGUUGCAGACUGCGCUUCCUUCCUUGCCAUCCUUUGGGCCUUCCUCUUGUUGAAGAAAUGCUCCCGGAGAAGACAGACAGUGGAGUCUGAGACGGAUGUGCUGCUCACAAAAAUCAACAGCUUGAUGCAAGAGUGACCCCUCCAGCCUCCAUCAGCCAUGGGGAGGGGCAGCAGGAACCCUGCACAGCUCAAGUGGGGAGCACUCCUCAGGCCAGCUUUGAGGCUGCUUUCCUCUGUAGGCUCCUUCUGAGCUUCCUCUCCCCCGUAGCCUUCUUGGCUCCUGGUGGAGCACAACUGCCCUAAGCUGAAAAGACCUGGAGCUGAGUUCCUAGUUUCCACUGGCAGUGAGAAACUGGAGCCUUUGCACAGGUUUCCUGGGGCUGGCUUGUGGGGUUUGGUGACUAGUGGGGAUUGGAGUCGCUGUUUGGUGCAGGGGAAGGGCAGCCUCUGCCUGUCAGCAGCAGCUCUGCAGCCAGGGGUGAGAAACCUUGUUUAAAGUGCUGCUGCCGUGGGCCCUGCCUUGCCCCAUUGCUUGAGGAAUAGAAAGGGCACUGCGAGGGGGGAGGGAGCUUUUUCACUAGAUGGAGCUGAGCUCUUCCCACACCCGUGCUGGACCUAAGUCCUGCUCCUGCAGACCGCAUCUUUGCAGGCCAGGGUGCUAGCUCCCCAUGCAGCAGUUAGUGUGUGCUGCUCUUGGGGGGAAGGGAGUGGGGCUGUAGGGGUUCUGGGGUUGGCAGAACCAUGGUCCUGCUCCUGCUGCUGCAAAGCUGUGGAGGUGGGCAAAGGAGGGGAGCUGUGGGACUCGGGUUGGUCACUUUGCAGCAGGGCCUUGAACUUGGAAACGGUGAUGGGCUCAGUUCUCCUUGUUCUUAUGUAUUUAUGUCAAUAAAUCAGCGGAACCAGUAGACAGACUCCGAA